AUGGAAGAGCCUGAUGAUAAUCAAGCUUUUAUCCAUAAUGUGUGCAAAAAAACUGCACAACUAACAAGAGUAGCUGCAGAUUUCCAAGAUGCACAUUUUGAUCAAGCCAUGCUUAUAAAAAACCUUCAAAAACACUAUUUUCAACUAUAUGAUUCAGUAAUCGAACAAACAAGGAAGAAUGCACAAGAUGCAUUCAAUGCUCUCGUGAAAUACCGUAAAGCUCAAAUAGAAGAUUCAUGCCAUGAGUAUGGAUUACAAUACAAACAAAUUAAAUCCGAUUUUGCAAGGAUUCUUAACGAAAAAUCAACACAACUGAAUAAUAUAUCACGUGAAGCUAAGCUUUGCCAUAGAAAUGUCAAGGAAAUGACACGAGACUCAAUUUUAUUAGCAAAAUCAGUUUUAUCUACUGCAGAUGAAGUCGAAAAAAGCUUAAAUGCACAAGCAAGAUGCCAAACACCAACAUUAAAUAUCGACAAUAAACAAGAUUUAAUUGAAAUACGAAAGAAAAUUAGCGAUGAAAAAAAGCGUCAUCAAAAAGUUACAAAUGAUAUUAAAGAACUUUACAAAAGUCAAGCUUUGGAGUUCAAAAAUAAAGUCAGAGCAAUCUUAGUCAAAGAAAUUCAAAAGCGAAAACCAUAUUUUUCAAAUGUUACAGAUAAACUCAAGCAAUUACAGAACGACAUUACAAUACUUCAUGAUGACUACAUGAAAUCUCUCGAGGAAGCCAAAAUUUUCGAAAAGGAAGCCUACAACAAGCGAGAACAAGUUAUGAAUCUUACUAACCUUGAAGUUAAAGAAAUUGGUGAUGAAAUAAAGAAGAUUAAAGUAUCAAUACAGACAGAAAACAAGACUUCUACUGAAAGACUUGCAAAUGCAAGAAAAAUUUUAAAGAAUGGAAGAGCUUCUCAAUCAGCGAUCAUCAGAGAGAUAUCAAAAAUCGUUGAUAGACAACGCGAUGAUAGUAGAGAUCUCGAAAGAUCCAUUGCACAACGAAGAAAAGAAAGAUUAGAACAAUUAGCUUCCCAGGAAACAGGGUUAAUGCAACAGCAUAAGACAGAACUCCAAAUGAAGCUAUCAGAAAUCUCUUUGCAACGCCAGAUUAUUGAUGAAAGACAAUUGACUACAGAUCAUUUGAGGGAAAAGUCAAGAAACUUAGUUGACAUGUUCAUGAAUGACCUCAGAGAGUUCAGUUCUACGUUCGAUAAGUCAUUACAGAAGAUGGAAUUCGACAUUAACUCAUUAUUUAAUACAGAAAAGAUGAAAUACGGCCAAAUGAACGAUGACCAGUACAAUGGACUUAAUUCAUCCUUUACAUCCAUCUACGAAGAGUCAAGGCACCACAGAAAAGAAGUUAGAAAGUCCAGCCACAAAAUGAAGAAAGAUUUGACAGAAUUAAAGGCCAAAAUAACAACAGACGGAGAAGAAAGAGAAAGAACAAACAACAUUAAAAGAGAAGAGUACGAAAACAAGUUUAAAGAAAUCAUGGCAGAAAGAAGAUCCCAAAAAGAGGAAAGAUGCAAAUCAAUGUCGAAUAAACAUUCUCAAAAAGAUGACCAAGCAUUUAUCACUUUUCAAAAUGAUCUUUCAGCGAAACGUGAUGAAAUACAGAAGAAUAACAAGAUACCAGAGAUGACAUAUACAUUGACAUACGAAGAAACCGAGUUCAAACACGAGAAAGAUACUUUGGAAGCAACUUUAGAUAUAAUUUCUCGCCAAAUCGAAUCAAUGCAAAACAACAAAGAAAUUCGAAUGGCAGAACUCGCAAGCGACGUUGUUAAUGCAGACAAGAAUAAGAGGAUGCUUGAGAGACAGCUGAAAACAGCAAGAGAUGAGAUAAACCAGGAAUACGAACUUACUUUACAAGUCGAUCAAGUUCAAUUGGCCGAUAAAAUUGACAAAAUUUCUUUGCUUUACAACGCUGAUGAAAAUGAAAGAGGCAGAGAAGUAAUUGAAGCAAUCAGAAGAGUGAAACAGACAGAGAACAGAACAAAGGAAAUCGUGAAAAGGAAAAUGGACGAACACAACGCAAAAAUGAAAGAAAUUCACAACCAAAUGAAUCAGAUCAAAGAAAGAAUCAGAAAAUUAUCAACAGGAGAAGAUGAAAAUGUCCUGAAACAGAAACUAGUUGAUAUGCAGAAAGAACAGACACAAAAACUCCAAGAUGUUGAAGUAUCUUACAACAAAUUGAAGCAAUAUUUCAGACAACUCUUCAAACAAAUUGAAAAUGAUUUUCAGAAGCAAAAGGAUGAAAUAAAAGCAAGUGAAGAACAAGAUUUAGCUCAAUUCAAAGAAGGUGAAAAUCAUUAUCAGCUGAAACAUGAGAAACUCAGGCAAGAAACAGAUGAAAAGAAACAGGAAAUUGAAGAAAAAUUCUCCGAAAAGAAACAAGAAAUCGAAGUUGAGCAUCAAAAAUUGAUUGAAAACAUGAAACGAAGAAUUGAAAGUGCCCAAAGGAAUUUCGAAGAAUACAAUGAAGAUAUGAACAAGAAAUACACUGAAUUCCAGAAGAAAUGCGAUGAAGAAUAUGACAAUUCUAUGGAAAAUUUGCCUCCAAGAAUGCAAACACAAAUCAAUGAAUUGAUUGAUCAAAACAAAGAUUUACAUUCUAAAAUGGAAGAACUCAAUCAAAAGGUUUCUGAUUUAAGAUAUGAAUACUUCACAAACGAAACAAGAGUUGUUGACAAGAACAAAAUUAACACUCUAAAGAAGGAAUCAGAAACAAAAAUAACAGAAAUUGCAGAAGCAUUCAAACCAUUAUUUGGCUUGAAGAUGAGAAGAUACACUCAUCCAGUAUUUUAUAGAACUGUAGCAACAAACACUGACACUGAUCCAAUUCCGAGAUCAGCAUGGGAUGUUGGCAAACCAACACCACUUGGCGAAAGACCUUCAACUGGUGCACACAGAUCUAAAGCAUCAAUUGUCUUCCCAAGAUCAGCAAGAAUGUCAGCAGACAAUCUAAACAUGCUGCAGUAA